UGUCGACAGACAUCAUCAUCAUCAUCAUCACCCUGCUACGGCCCUACUUAAAUUAUCAAUAAAACAAUAAGCACCAGCCAGGAGUCACUGUCUAGACCAGUGUCCAAGGCAACACAACCCCUAAAAGCCGCUUUUAGAUCACAGGGACAAAGAAGCAACCAACCCAACAUGCUCCCACCCGAAUCGAAUACCAGCAUGAUGUUAGCCUUGGUUGCAUCCGAGGCGAUAAAGGCGAGCAAGCGCAACAGUAUCGAAGAGUCGCCUGGCAAACAAGACGCCGUCGCCGUUCAACCCACCACGAAAGAUGGCCCCAACGACGGCAUGGUGACUCCGCUACACCAAGAAAGCGACACCGGCGGGUCCUCGACACUGUCCCCGAGAGAUAACGCCGAUAAGAUGCAGCCGAACACCCCUCAAAGCAGCCAUUACAGCACAGAAGAAAUCGACAGUCUGGAUGGUGCAGAGCUGCCAGCCUUGGAUCCGGACACACCAGGGGAAGCAGGCGACUAUGUCGAGGCUCUAGCCCUCAGCAGUGAUCCCUCGCAGAUGCCGCCUCGAGCUGCCACCGUCCAAGAUAGGGAACGGAGCUGGGCCCGGCCGGACGACCUGGGCCUAUCGGACCCGUUUGUACAGCCCGUCAACAUGGCGGCGACCUUGGUCUAGGUGACGACACCCGGCGGUCGGCAUGCCGCAUUGCCCAUCCCCGAUCGCGAUGACGGGCACGACGAUGACACGACAGUGUCUGACAGGAGAGAUAAAGAGGGGAGCCUGGACGAGAGAGUGUACACCUUGAUGCACGCGUACCUCCUCAAAUCCCGCCGUCAAAACCUCUGGGCAGCCAUGGCAAGCAGCAUGUCACCGCGCGGCAAGCUGCUCGAGGACUUGUCCAACAGCCCAGAGGGGUGCAAAUCGCUAUCCAUGCUUCAUUAUGAGCUUGUGGAAGCCGCCAGCGAUAUUGAUACUACACUCGCGGCGAGGGCGCUCACCUCCAUGUCCAGGACUGUCCAGGCAAAGCCCCUAUCUCCUCACAAGAAUGCGUCGUCCCGUCCACGCAGACAAUUGCCCAGCUUCCCAGGAGAGUACGUGCAGGGGCGGUGAUAUAUAUAUAUAAACAACGGCGAGGAAGGACAAGCUCUCCGGGGAAAGGACUGUCUCUAGCGUGCUGAGGGGCUAAAUACAUACCCAAAGUUUUGUGAUAAUCGAACGAAAGAGCGUGUGCGAUUUUGAACAAGGUUGGUUAGUUGUAGGACCAUCAGUUAGCCAAUAUUAGCAAAAGGGCGGGAGGCAAAACUUGGAGAGCCACUCAGCGUGUUUACUGUGUAAUGACAUUCUGGAUACGUGGCCGAACAAUAAUCACGGCUGCACUCCUCAACCAACUUCAGACUUGAUGAUAGAACUUUUAAAUUAUUGCUGA